CACGCUCACCAUCCCCGAGAAGUUUGGUCCAAAUUUCCCCCCUCUGUCUCCCUGCCUCCCCCCUCCCCCUUCCCCCUCCCUCGGCCUUCCCAUUGAUCUGCUUGCUCCUCUCCCUCCGAAUGCGAUGGGCACCCUGCCUCGGCCAGCCCUCCGUCGUUUCUUAGCUCCCUCUCAACCGUGCGCCGAGCAGGCCAGUGCCGGCGCCGGCGCGGCCCCGUGUGUGCCCGAGUCGCUUCCCCGGUCGCCGGCCGGAUGUGAGCCUCUCCCGGGACCGGCUAGACUGGCGGAUGUGCAAAAGCCCGCACCGCCCCCCCGCCCGCGAGCCAUCUCCCCUGCCCCGCUGGUGUAUGGCAUCCUUUGCCUGGUGGUCAUCCUCCUUUCGCGCUUUGGCUGGCUGGCCCCGCUGCAGACAUUCGGCUGUGCGGCUGGCCGCCGGUGGCGCGAAGCCACGGCCCCCUUCCUGCCGAAUAGCCUCCUGGUCGCCUUGCAUCGCCACACCAGCACAUCAGUCUGGAUUCAGCUCAGUUUUUUCCUCGGCCUCGGCUACUCGCACGAGCUUGGCCUAUCACUCUACUGCUUCUCGGUCCUCGGCCAUGUGGUGAAGAACUUUGCCAAAUCCUUCGGUCGGUCGCCUCGAUCCUUCUGGCUGUGUGGCUCGCCGCUGCUGGCCGGGGCUUCCGGCAUCGGAGCCCUGCACUGCGGGAGCGGCUAUUCCUUGCCCAGCGGCCACACCAUGCUUUCGACCAUGGUCACCAGCUAUCUGGGGGAGUACAUCGCUGCGCGGUAUCCGGCUGCCGGGGCAUCGGCCAGCCGGAAAACCCGGGUCUCGAUGGCGGUCCCCCUGUGGCUGGACUUGCUGGCUGAGCGGCGCUGGUCCAUGGCCUUUGCACACCUUGGGGCAUGGUUGUUGCGUGGGGCUCGAAUUGUGAUCAUCCUGAAUACCCUGCACCUGGGCACGCACACCGUGUUGGACAUUGCGGCUGGACUGUUGUUUGCGCGUUUCUGGACGUCUGCCUGGCCGUACAUCCAUCAAAUACUGUUCCCGACCGCGAGCAAGCCCCGGGAAGGCGCGCCGCUGCCGGGGUCCAGGCGUUGGCUCCUCCCGAUGCUGGCCCUCGGGGGGGUUUGUCUGCUGGAGGUGGUCGAGGAGCUGACCGAGAACCAGGUGAGUCAUCCCCUUGAGCGGGUCUUGCUGCAUGAGCGGAAUUGCUCCCUGCUCCGGGGGACCGGGGCCACACGCAUGGCCAAUUCCUCGGCCUUCGAGAAAUCGGCCCUGGUUCUCGGGGUGCUCCUGGCAGUGGCGGCUUCCCGCCCGGGGGGCGGCCUGGCACGGGGGCCAUCGGCCGCCGAUGUCCAACCGCAGGCUUCCCGACCCCGGCGCCUGCUGUCACUUGGGACAGUUCUUCUGGGUGCCCUCGGGGUGAAACUCAUGCGGUUGGUGGAAUGGGCGGUUUUUGCCGGCAUGGCCGCCGUGAUGCCCUUGGGCAGGUUGUGCAUGCCGCCGAUUGCACGGCUUCUGCUCUUGAUCCUGUCAAUGGGACCGCUGUUAGCUGGCGAGGGCAGUGGCCUGGCGGCCGUGGCCACACGCUCCACCGGUAUCUGCCCCCGGCCGACCGUGAUCAGCCUCGUUCCCACCCCCGCCAUGUCCCAAGUACCACCCCCUGACUUUGGCGUUGGGAUGUUGGCGGCGGGGGCGGCGGCGGGGGCGGCGGCGGCUGCGCCGGUGGUGGCGCCAGAGCCAGCCGUCGCCGUCGUCGCCGCCGCCACCACCACCACCACCUCGGGGAAAGGUCCCCCAUCGAUGGGUGUAGAGUUGGUGGAGGAUGUCCCCUCCUCGGUUUCGAUGUCACGCCCGCUGGCGGUUGUGACCGACCACCGAGCUCUAUCUCUGUAUGCCACUUUCGCCCUGAGGCCACUGCUGCUGGUCCUGCUUUUCCCGGCCCUCCAGCGCACGAGCAUGCGCAUUUUGCAUUCAAGCUCCAAGACCCGACGCCGAUUGGCCGGGCAAUAG